GCUGGGCGGUUCUGGGCUUGCCACUCCUCUGGGCGAGGGUGAAGGGCAGCUCCUUUGCCUCCUCCCGAUAUCUGCCCACUGCCAGGCAGAGGCAGCUCCCUCCCAAGGCAGGCACGAGUCCCACACGGAAGUCACGGCACCACUCGGUUCACAUGAGACCUCUGAGACCUCGGUCGAAGGAGGUGGGGAAGGAAACCACAGAGUGAGAGAGCCCAGGAGCCUCCAGCCAGUCCUGCCCGCCAGCCCGCUCCUUAGGGAUCUGCCCCGAGGGGCUCCAGGAGAGAGGGGCACCGAGGAAGGCUCUCCGCUUCACCAUGCAGCAGGAUGGAAUUCUGCUGACUCCCUUCAGGGAAUCUCCUGUUGAGGACAUGGAGCCCUUGGCCUUCCCGAAUGAAGAGAAGUGGGAUUUUGUCCUGGUGAGCGACAUCCACGAAGUGGACAGCAAGAAGGAGAUCAAGAGGAGGAAGUUCCUGGAUGAGCUGAGCAAGAAAGGCUUCACCAUCAAGAAAAUUGAGGACACAAAGCUCUUUUAUGGAGUCCGUGCCCCGAAGGACAUCUUCCAGAAAUACCAGCGUCUCCGCAGGAAGGCUGACAGCAGGCAGCCAACCUCCAGUGACCACGAGGAUGUCGAAGAUACUGCCAGGAUACGGAUCGUGAACUUCAUUGUGCGCAACACCGUGACGCCUGACUUUGAGAAGCUGCACGACCUGAUGAACAAGAAGGUGUUUGAGGCAGCCUUUCCCCUGCACGAGAAAGAAGAGAUAAAGAGAAUACUAAAUGAGAAGUGGGCUCGCUGGGGAGUUUUAUUUAAGGAACAGUCAAUUGAGGCGAUCAGGUGCUAUUUUGGAGAGAAGGUGGCCCUGUACUUCGCCUGGCUGGGCUGGUACACCUACCUGCUGCUUUUCGCUGCCCUGGCUGGGCUGGUGACCUUCGUGGCUGGGACUACUGUUUUCAGUUCCAGCCGGGUGAGCAAGGAGAUCUGUGACGCCAACACCACCAUCAUGUGCCCACUCUGCGACCAGAAUUGCUCCUUCUGGGUCCUCUCUGACACGUGCACCUAUGCCAAGGUCACUCACAUGAUUGACAAUGAGGCCACAGUGGCGUUUGCCAUGUUCAUGGCCCUCUGGGCCACUGUAUUCCUGGAGCUGUGGAAGAGGAAGAGAGCCACUGUGGUCACCAAAUGGAAGCUGCACGAGUGGGAUGAAGAUGAGGAGGAGCUGGCUCUGCAGCUGAUCAAUAACUUGCAGCACAAACCCCGGUGGUACCAGCACUCCUACUUCCGCAGCACCGUCAUCCUCAUCUUGGCUCUGCUGCUGAUCAUGAUGCUGAUUGGCAUCGCCCACAUGCUCGUCAUCUACCGGGCGGUGGCCACGGCACUGUUCAUGCAGAGCGAAGUGAACCUGCUGAGCAAGCACGCCGACACCAUGGCUGUGAUGACGGGGGCCGUGCUGCACUACAUCACCAUCAUCAUCAUGACCAAGGUCAACCGGCAUGUGGCCCUCUUCCUCUGUGGCCUGGAGAAACCACGGACCUUGUCCCAGCAGGAGAACAGCUUCGCCGUGAAGAUCUUCAUCUUCCAGUUCUUCACAAACUUCUCCUCGCUCAUCUACAUCGCCUUCUUCCUGGGACGGAUCAAUGGCCACCCAGGGCACUAUGUGCGCAUUGCUGGCCGCUGGAGGCUGGAGGAGUGCCACCCCAGCGGCUGCAUCACCGACCUCUUCAUCCAGAUGGCCAUCAUCAUGCUGCUCAAGCAGACCAUCAGCAACAUCAUGGAGUAUCUCAUCCCCUUGAUAUCCCACCAGCUACGGAAGAAGCGCAAGCGCCCCAAGAAGAGAAGCAUGAUGUUAGGAGAGGAGGAGGAGGCAGAGGACCCUUGCAAAAGGAAGUGGCUGAACAACUACGAACUCAAUGACGUCUACAUCUUCAGCUUGUUCGACGAGUACUUGGAGAUGGUGAUCCAGUACAGCUUCACCACCAUCUUCGUGGCAGCCUUUCCCCUGGCCCCGCUGCUGGCCCUCAUCAACAACAUCAUCGAGAUCCACAUGGACACCAUCAAGAUGACGCGGCUGCACCGGCGCAUGGUGCCCAGGAAGGCCAAGGACAUCGGGAUCUGGCUGCAGAUCCUAGAGGCCAUCGGCACCCUGGCUGUCAUCGGAAACGGGCUGGUGAUCGCCAUCACCUCUGACUUCAUCCCUGUGCAGGUCUACAAGUACAUGUACAGCCCCUGCACGAGGGAGAACCACACCAGCAUGGACUGCUCCACCGGCUACAUCAACAACAGCCUCUCUGUAUUCCGCAUCCAGGACUUCGAGCCCCACACCAGGGUGCUGCCGGAAUUUAAGGGGCACCAGAUCAAGGAGUGCAGGUACCGCGAUUACCGGGAUGCCGACGACUACACCUACACCGUCCAGUUCUGGCACAUCUUCGCAGCCCGGCUCGCCUUCCUCAUCAUCUUCGAGCACGUGGCUCUGUGCGUGAAGCUGAUCGCAGCCUGGUACAUCCCCGACGUCCCCCAGAGGGUCAAGAAUGACAUUCUGAAGGAAAAAUACGAAAAUCUCUGUAAUGAAUCAAGCAUGAUGGAAUGCGUCUCUGAGGUGUAGCCACCACUCACCAAGGAGAAAGAGAACACGGACUCGAGCCCCUUUCCCAGCCUGGCAGUGCUGCGGGUGCUGGAUGAACCCCACAACACAGGGCCACAUGUCCCAUCUGGGACCGAGCUGGACUUGAGCUGGGAAGUGAUGACAACACAGUGGCUUCACAGGAGCAGGCUGCUUUGUGACUUGGGAAGGAAGGAUGCUGUGGCAGAGCCAGGAUGUGCCUCCCCAGCACGGGGAGUGGCUGGGACAGAGCUGUGGCACUGGGGACAAACCCAGGGGCAGCAGCCGGCUGCUGGGCUGCAGGAGAUGACCGGGCUCCUUGUCACUCACUUCCUUAAGCACAAGAAACACCACUUUACCUCAUUCCAGGCUCCCUCUCCAGCCCUCUUUUUGCACCUUGGCCUCUUUUUCCACUGCCUUCCGUGACCUCCCCACUCUCGAACCACUGGGGAACCCGAGUCCCUCUUUCAGCACACUCCUCCCCGGCAUGACUCCCACGUGGCUGCCGCUCCGCCCUGCUGUCCCCAUGGACACAGCUCCACCCUGGUGUCUCCAUGGUCGUUGUUGCCUUGUGCUUAACUCCGGGCUCAGCCGGGUGCUGAGAGUUGUUCCUGGUUCGGCUGCCACCGGCCAUCGGUAAAUAAACACAACACCCACGUGGACACGCAGACCGUCACCUGCUGCCUGGUAUUGCUCCUGCCUUCCUCCUCUG